AAAUAUUUUAAGGACUCAAGGAGGAUGUUUUGUUUGUGAUGACCAACUGACCACCCCGUGGCGACAUAGAAGAAGGUGUGACAACCUAAUGCGCUGGACGCCGUCGGUUUCUGCAGGGAUUGCUGGGAAGAAGAAGGAGGCAAUCGAGAUUGGAACUUUGGAGAGGGAGAUAGAGGAAAAAGACCUCUGUAAAGAACAGAACCAGAACUACAAUCCAAGAGCUUGUCAACAUUGAAAAGCCUCAGGCACCUGGGCCAUCUAUCAAGAGAAGUCAAUACCAUUAGGUUGUGACGCCUGCACUUUCGCCCCUGACUGCCAUCAUGUCCGAGGAGAUAGUCGAGGACCGGGCCAAGCUGAAGCAGGGUCUGAUAAAGGUACUGGAGUGCGUGGCCACCAUCUCGUCUGCGGCAGCCGUGGUGAACCCUAUCUUUGGCGUGGCCGGCUCGCUCAUCCGCGUGGUGCUGCACCACGUGGACGAUGAGGACAUCAGCAGGCUGAAGCGAGAGUUCGGCUCUGUCAAUCGCUCCCUGGACGAGCUGUCUCAGCAGAACCGCAACACUCUGAUGCAGAUCAAGAAGGAGACCCUGGACGGCCAGUACUGCCGCAUCGAGGAGAACCUGCGCCACCAGUUCCGCAAGUUCAUGGAAAUGGUGGAGGCACAACCGAGGAAUUCCGAACGCAAGAAGGAAGACUUCGAGGAGAGCUACUCCAACGACAUGGGCGACCAGAACCUGCACACGCUCUAUGAAGGCGUGGUGGGCAAGCCCAAGCUCUUCAGCCGCCCCAUUCUGGAGGUGUACCUGAAGCACUCGCAGGGUGACCGGCGCACCAUGGAGCGUCUGUGCACGCGCCUCACGUACCUCUUCUGCAUCGGCCUCAUCGCCCUGAUGGGCUAUUCUGCCAUCAUCGGCGACGACGAGGAGGGCCUGACCGAGGAGUGGAGUGAGAAGAUGGAGCACGUGCAGGGGAAGAUGCAAGAGGCGCUGCUCAAGUGCAAGUGAAUGGAAAAGGAGGUGCAGAGGACAAUCCCUCUGGGUUUUAGCCCUCCAUAUAUAGGACUCAGUCCACAUUCCCUCUACAACCUCUGAUUCUCCCCUACUUCCUUUCACGUUUCUGUUAUUCUCCAGUCGGUGAAUUCUAAAAGCCAAAAACCUGCAACAUUUAUUUCCUUAAGGUGAUGUUUGGAAUGUUUAGGAUUGAUUAUGUUAAAUCAGUGAUUUAACUUUGUAUGGAGCUCUGUAUAAACAAUAGUUCAUGAGGACCAACACUAGGUGAGACAAUUGGGUUGAAUUGAGGCAUACUUGCACGCUAUUGUAAAAUUAUAAAGUUGUCUUUGGAAUGAGCACUUUUGAUGAAUGUCUCCAAGGAUGUCACAUGGUUCAGUUUAGGGAGUGCAUUAUUGCAUUACAAAGAAUGGCCUAUAAUCUUAUGUUUUAUUUGUAUUAUUCUGCUGGAGUGUAUGGAAGUGAUAACAGGCUGGAAAUGUAAACCACCACUAGACAUUGUGAGGGUAUAAUCUCUCCUUUUGACAUUUCUACUUUUGUGUAGAUUUCAGGUUUCAGAAAAGUGACUGAUGACUCCAUAUUUUCCUGUCAGACAUGGCAAGGAUACUACCAAUUUACAGUGGAUUAAUUUGACUCAAAUACUGUGUACGUCACUGAUACAGUAAGCAGUCGUAAUUACACUAAUGAUAAAUAAUCUACUGUAAGCAAAAAGAAGGCUAAUAGAAACUUGAAUGUAGGCCUAAUGUAGGCAUGAAAUCCAUAGCUGAUGCUACACACUACACCUCCAUCAUCACUGUACAGGACCACACUGUACUACUUUCAUAGCUUUAUAAGAUACAUUUACUGAGCUUAUAAUAUUUACCGCUAAUAAUAUUGCUCCACAGAAACCAUUUGACCCAAUUAGGGUGAAAUAUGAUGUGUGUUUGUGACGCCCGAGACUAACAAAAAACAUAUAUCAUCAAAAUAGUUAGACAAACCUGUCUACUCCCUGACAGUUUGAAAACACUAAACUUAUAAAAACACUACGUUACUCUAUGCAUUCAUACUUUGUAUGUUGAGUCAGUUUGAUUAAAAGUCAUGCAUUAUUUGAUGUUCAGUAAUGUUGAUGUAACACAAAGCCAUGUUAUACCUUAGUACUGCAACCACUGCACACAUAGCACACACUACAGGACAUAAAGCUUGAGCAUAUGUAAACAAUACAGAAGGUCAAAGUCUACCAUUGCAGUCAGUCAGUUUCCUCUUGUGCAUUCAUUUGAAUUAAUCGAUAUGACAAUUUGUUUAGUAUGAAAUUGUACGACUAUCUGGAUGAAGUCACCAUAUUUUGUAUCUGUAUUUGCAAGAUAAAAUUAUCACAAUCAAAAGUCAAGUGAAGAGGUCAAGCCAUGGGUUAUAUGCACAAAUCUAACUGAUAGUGCUCUUGUUUUUUAUUAGCAUUAUUCUUAUAUUUGUUUACGCCUCAUAUUUGUUGAAGAGCCCAAGAUGUAAAGACAGUUUUCAGUGCAUCCAGCUGUGUGUCAUCUAACCAACAGUGCCUCUCCCUAUACAGUACGGUGCCCCAUGUUUUGUGCUUCGAUCAAAUAAAAUUACAUUACAUCUUU